AAAGAAAGAGAGAGAGAGAAAGAGAAAAGGAAAAAGAGGGGGACAAAAGAAGCUGUGUCAAUUCGCGAAAUCGUGUUAUGUGAAUCCACUGAGCUGUCAUAAAUGUAUACAUUCUAUAUAGAUUGCACGAUCUAUGGUCGGUUAUUGGGCCGAUUUACUAGAGACCAAAGUGAUCGUAUAUACGCGCGGCCUGUGAAUUGACAUUAUUAAUCAUCAUCGUGCCGUGUAUCGUGCGUCCAUUGUCCUCCUUCUAAAAAAAUCAGUGUUACACGUUCCUGUUCAACGCAUAAGCGAUCUUUUUUUUCGAACACUUACAGAGAUCAUGGCUAAUCGGGGUACCGCUCAAAGGCCAAAUGGUUCCACACAAGGAAAAAUAUGUCAGUUCAAACUAGUGUUACUAGGAGAAUCUGCUGUUGGAAAAUCAAGUUUGGUGCUUAGGUUUGUUAAAGGACAGUUCCAUGAAUAUCAGGAAAGCACGAUAGGUGCUGCAUUUUUAACGCAAACUGUAUGUUUGGACGACACGACUGUAAAGUUUGAGAUAUGGGACACAGCAGGUCAAGAACGUUAUCACAGUCUUGCACCAAUGUAUUAUCGAGGUGCUCAGGCAGCAAUUGUUGUGUAUGAUAUUACAAAUCAGGACACAUUUGUGCGUGCACAAACGUGGGUGAAAGAGUUACAACGGCAAGCCAGUCCAAGUAUAGUUAUAGCACUAGCAGGGAAUAAAGCGGAUCUCACAAACAAAAGAGUCGUUGAGUAUGAUGAAGCUCAAGCAUAUGCUGAUGAAAAUGGUCUAUUAUUUAUGGAAACAUCAGCCAAAACAGCAAUGAAUGUUAAUGAUAUAUUUUUAGCAAUUGCUAAAAAGCUUCCGAAAAAUGAGCAGUCGGGAAGUGCAAGUACAAGUGGGCAAGGUCGUCGGCUAGUUGAAUCAGAAGGGCAAAAAGCAGCAACCGGCAAUUGCUGCAAGUGAUUAUCCAAAUCUAUAUGUACUAUAUUCAACACAGAUAAGUACAUCAUGAGUGUCUGCAAUGAUUUGAAAGGAAUGUACACGAAGAGAAACCACUAUAAGGAAUGGGCGGUGAAAUGUGCAACACGAACACUUGCUCGAGUGAUUGACUAAAACGUGUG